UAGCACUAGAGAAAAGGUUCAUGGUUGGGCCGAAAAUUAUGUUUUCUCUCUUGAAAGUUGUCGUACCAGCUGAUAACGGCUGUGGCAACGCUCCACCCAUUGGCCACACACUCCAGUGGGGGAGCACCUGUCAUUAAAUUGGCCAGAAUCCCGCCGGAGGAUGCCACGAUGUACGUCAUGACACACGAGGCCACAGGAUGCUUCAUUGCAAACUCAGCGCUACCUGCAGCUCACAGAACAAAAGAUAUUCUGUCACACAACAAGCCGGAGCUGACCUAUACAGGUUCAGCAUAACAUACGGAGAGUGUAGGGUAAAGGCGCACCAGGCUCUUUUCUGAGGGCGUAGGCAGUAAGAAUGAAGUGAACGGAGGAGAAUACGGGGUGGAGCGGGAGGGAAUGGAGAUAGCAAGCCAAGUCGUCCAUCCACGGCAGCGAGAAGAAGAGUCUCCAGGCUGUCCCCACUACCUCCAUCUCCUGUCCUCUCGAACGUACAAGCGAUGGCUGGCUCAAGCAGCAGUCAGCUUUUCUGUCCGUUUCGCGCCGUCGGUUUCUGCUGCAACCAUGUCCCGCUGGUGACGACGUGUAGAGGUCCAGAUCACUUCGUGGUGACGGCGGUGGGACAGUCCUUCCACCAGUACACGUGUGAUAAGCUGCAACUGCUGUUUGUAGGUACCCCUCAGCCACACCCACUGGAGUGCCUGGCGGCGACAGACCCCCGUCUCGUCUGGGCCAGCUACGGAGCCGUCGUCAAGGGUUUCCGUCGGGGACGAGAGGUGUGUCGUUUCCAUGGACACAGGGGAAAUGUGACAAUCCUACUUCCAUUUGGAGAGCACCUCAUCUCCAUUGACGACCAAAACUGCCUCAAGAUAUGCACUUACCUCAACAAGAUCCUCCUCGGGAGUCGCAGCGGCCAGCUUCAGCUGUGGAACAUCAGAACUAGUAAACUGAUCCACGCGUUCCCCGGCUGGGGAGGCUCGGCCAUCCUCACUCUCGUACAGAGCCCCGCAGUUGAUGUAGUGGGGGCGGGGCUUGAGGAUGGGGGCGUGGUCUUGCACAACCUCCGCUACGACGAGACGGUCAUGAGGUUUCGGCAGGAGUGGGGACCGGCCACCGCACUCUCAUUCAGAACUGGUUAG